AUGGCGACUUCUUCGACGAUAAAUCCUUCUACCUCGACGUCCCCUUCUCCUUGUCCGACAGAACCAGAAGCAUCUUCGACGAUAAAUCCUUCUACCUCGACGUCCCCUUCUCCUGGUCCGACAGAAGCAUCUUCGACGACAAAUCCUUCUACCUCGACGUCCCCUUCUCCUGCUCCGACAGAAGCAUCUUCGUCUUCCAGCUGCAGUAGUACCUUCCAUUCUUACCUUCUGCUGCACAAUGUUGGAAAGAAGCAGAAUUUUGGGCAGCUUCUACGCUCAGCCAUGGCUUUUGGCGUGUCGGAAGUUGGUGUCGUAGGUGCCAAGCGAAUUGCGGACCUCUCCUUGUUCGGUAACCAAGGGACUACAGGUCACUGCAAUUUUCGGUUUUUCGAUUCGUUGGCUGAUGCACAACGCUACUACCACAAGCCAAGCGCAGAAGGUGGUCCGGGUGCGGAUAUCUGCGGGAUUGAAAUCUCGAACGAAAGUAGAGCGAUCUUGGAAGUGGUCGAAGAAGAUGCUUCUAGAAGGGAAGAUGGUGGAGCUGAUCAAAGUGAUGGACCUAAGGCAAGUGCUGGAGCUAAUCAAAGUGAUGGAGCUGCUACUUCAUCAACGAGGGAUUUAGACUCUUUCAAUCUUCUCACGUGUCGUACUCCUUUCCGGAAGUCAACUUGCUUCAUGCUCGGCAACGAAGGUGCGGGAAUGAGCGUGCAACAACUCCGGAUCUGCGAUUUCCUUGUCCACAUCCCACAAUAUUCAGCUGCAACAGCCUCGCUCAAUGUCGCAGUCGCUGGUAGCAUUGUUUUGCACCACUUUGCGCUGUUUGCUAGGUUUCAACCGCACACAAUCUGUGGCGAGAAAUUCGAGGUUGCCGCACCACGAUCGAAGGUGGAGAGGUUUCAGAACCCAAAUGAAAACGAGCGGGAAGAGAUUGAAAGGAAAAGAUUGGCGAGAAAGAAGCAAACAGAACAAGAUUGCGGGGAGGAAGUAGGCGAAGAGGAGUUUGAUCUUGAUGUUGCAAAUGAAGACAUGAAUGAACAAGCAAGAACUCUUUGUAGGAAAGGCGGGGCGUGAGGCUCUUUCUCUAGCUUUUGCACUUCGUGAUUCUGCUAAGUAGGAAAAAUGAAAGUGCGCCCUUUAUAAUUCGCCCCCAAAGACCUAAGACCAUGAGCUACAAGUGCCCAGCACCAUGACUUUGCGCUGCCCAUUUCUGAACGAAUACAACCUUUAAUGCACUCGUCGACGAC